AACUACGUGAUGAAUGUAACUCAGCUCGGAACAAGUUUUGAUCCGAUGACUAACCGGUUGGACUGUCGGAAUUAAUAACCAGGAUCAAAAGUCAACCAACGGGAAAUUUCCUUUCAUUUUCUUUGAAAACUAUGAAUGAAGAAGUCUGUCAUUUAAAGACCAAGUCUUUCCAGGUAGCGUAAAAAACAUUCCAGGUCAUCCAGCAAACAAAAUAGUCUCUGCAGAAAGAUUGAGAGAGGGAGAUCAUGUCAGGAGGAGGCAUAGCUCGUGGUCGUCUUGCUGAAGAGAGAAAGUCAUGGCGUAAGAAUCAUCCCCACGGUUUUGUGGCUAAGCCUGAUAAUGCACAAGAUGGUUCUCUUGAUUUGAUGGUGUGGAAGUGCAUCAUACCUGGCAAACCCGGGACAGAUUGGGAGGGUGGCUUCUUCCCCCUCACGCUUCAUUUUAGCGAGGACUACCCAAGCAAACCUCCAAAGUGCAAGUUCCCCCCAGGUUUCUUCCAUCCUAAUGUCUACCCUUCUGGAACUGUGUGCUUAUCUAUCCUCAAUGAGGACUAUGGCUGGAGACCAGCCAUUACUGUGAAGCAAAUUUUAGUUGGCAUUCAGGAUUUGCUUGAUCAACCAAAUCCUGCUGAUCCUGCGCAAACUGAUGGCUACCAGCUUUUUGUCCAGGACCCGACGGAGUACAGGAGAAAGGUGCGCCAACAAGCCAAGCAAUAUCCACCUGCGCUCUGAUGCAAUGGUUGCUUCACCAUGUCUGCAACUUAUUAGCUAGAUUCCAUCAUAUAUGUCCAAACCUCCUUUAAGUAAUAGAGUGAUUUAGUGUUGGUACUAGACUACAAGUUAAUUGUCAAGUAGCUACGCUUCCCAUUUCUGCACCAGAGGAUGCUUCUUUUUUUUUUCACGCUUUGCCACAAUGUUCCUGCAUUGCAAAUUAGCAACAUGACAACUUUUGGAUAUAAAACCUAUAUCGAUUGCCCAUUAAGAUUGUUAUUUACACCCAUGGUGAAGCAGCAUGAUAUGCUGGAAAUUGGCUGUAUGGGAAACCAUGACUGAUACUUCUGAAUUUGGUUAAAGCAAGUGUAAGCUUUUGAACAACUUUAUCGGAUGCUAUGAUAUAUAUGAGAGCGUGUACGAUCUGUAUUACA